CUUGCCGACACUCACCUCCAAGAGAGAGAGAGAGAGAAAGAGGGAGAGGACAAAUUAAGAAGAGCUCCGAAGCUCUCUCUGCAAUGGUGGUGAAGGGAGAGAAAGUUCUGACAAAGCUUACGGAGUCUUUUAAGGAACUUGCUAAUUGCGUGAAUUCUCCGAAGCCGCGUCUCGAGGUUGGGCAGUUCGUUUCCGCUUGCCGCGACAUGGUCCCUUUCAUAGUCUACUUAGGAAUGGUUUUGAAGUUCGCCGCCAUGGAAUUUUCGGCCAAGGUUGAUGCACUAGUGGAGGGAUCGAAGCCAAUCGAUACUCUAGAGGACUUAAUUGAUCGUGAUAUUGAACACAAGUGUGCAAAAGUCUCAUGCAGUAAUUCGAGAAACCUUGUUAGAGUGAAGCGCUCAAUCGACAUGCUCAAGAUAGUAUUUGAGCAAAUUCUAAACCAGAGGGGAAAUUCCUUAAUUGGUCCAGUUUCCAGAGCGUAUGAGCAGGUUUUUGCUCCGUACCAUGGAUGGGCUAUUAGAACUGCUGCCUAUACUGCAAUAAAUUUCGUUCCCACAAUGGCACAAGUCUUGAAGAAAUGUAAUGAAAAUGAGGCCUCAGCAAGGAUUCAGAUGCAAAACUAUGUUAUAGCAUCGUCUUCUGUUUUACAAUAUAUUGAGAAUUUAUUUCACUCAAGGGAAUCAGGCGAAGAGGUGCUAGAAUUGGUAUAAUCAGCUAUUACACACACUCUUUUAAGUAUGUAAUAUGACCUCAUGUUGAAGAACUUGACUCAAGAUAAUGCAUGUAAUAACCUCAUGAUGUGCAAGGUUAAACUGUUUUUAUCAUGUUUCCCUUUUAUUUGUAGAAUGAACCAUUUGAACUUAUGGGAAAGUUUCUGUAAGAUAAUUUAUAGCUGAUAUGGAUCAAACCAAGUGUCUGCCCACAUCAACAAAAAUGUUGCAUGUCUAUUUGGAUAAUUUGCAUCUAAACGACUCGUCG